CGUUAAAAUCCAAGAACAAAAAAUUGAAAUAAACCAAACAAAAUUGUAGUGGAUGUGACAUUCUAGAAGCAUGUUCCACUUCCCUCCUUUGUCUUCCACCAUCUCACUCCUCAUAAAAAAUAAAAACACAAAGUUGAAAAGUAAGUGAAAGCAUGAAAUACCAAAACUACCCCUAGUUCCCACAUGUGCUCCUAUUUGCUUUCCGAAAACCAAACUCACCCAUCUCCUUCCUCUUCUCCUUUUCUUCGGACAAGAACACAACCAAACAAAUCUAUGUUAGACAUGUCGGAAUCUGUACUAACGGCGAUGUAUAGUUGGUUCACACCGACAGUACUCUUCGUCUUCCUCAACCUAAUGAUUGGUACUAUCGCCAUUAGCUCAUCUUUCUCUUCCAAAUCCAACGACCCAAAUCAAACUCAGAUCCAACGCUCUCCUUCCAUGAUUCAUCGUCUCAAAUCUAUAAAUUUCUCUUCUUUCACUUCUCCAGACAAAUCUCAUCUCGAGUUUCCUCCUUCAACACCCGAAGACAACAACUUUCACCAACCAGCUUCAAUCGAACAGAAUCAACCGUUCUUGUCUAGAUCUCCUUCUGUUCUUCAUAGAAUCAAAUCUUUCAAUCUUUACAACUACAUUUCUCAAGAACCCACCAAUAUAAUCGAAGCUCCACCACCGUCGGUGACCAUAGAGUCAAAACAAGAAGAAGAACAAGUACAAGAACAAGAACAAGAAGAACAGAGUCUUGAAGAGGUUUAUAGUAAACUCAAUCUAAACCAUGUCGCUAGGACAAAAUCUGACACUGAACCAGCUGCUGGAAUUAGACCUCCGAAGCUUCCAAAGAAGAUGAAGAAAUCUGCUAGUACCAAAUCUCCAUUCUCUCACUUUCAAGAAGAUGAAAUCUCCGUCGAGGCUCGUCGUCCUGCGACGGUGAAAGCACCGAGAGUUACGACGGUGGAAGAAGCUGAUGAAGAAGUAGAUGCUAAAGCUGAUGACUUCAUCAAUCGAUUCAAGCAUCAGUUGAAGUUACAGAGAAUUGAUUCCAUUACUAAGUAUAAGGAGAUGGUGAAGAAAAGAAACGACAAGUGAUAAAGAAAACUCGGGGGUUGUUUCUUAACUAUGUAUUAAUUUAUGGACUUUUUUGAAAAUUCUUAGUUUUGGUUAGCUUUUCUCAAUUUCACAUCUUCACUGUAGAUUAUCCACUGUCUUUUUGUUGCCGCAACUGUUUCUCUUUUUCUUUAUGACAAGAAAAAAACAAGAAAAAGAAAAUUCGAGAAUCUUUAUCUUUGUACAUGACCGAAGGGUUUUGUAAUAAAUUUUAGAAAUAAUGAUUCAGGAAUCUUGGUGGUCGUGGUG